AUGAAAUUAGUCAGUCAGGCCGACGUGAUAAGGUUUGUGAAGCGCGAGAUCAUACACCGUUUUGGCUUGCCUGAGACCCUCACCUGCGAUAAUGGGUCAGUGUUCUCUAGGGGAGAGGUAUCUUUGUUCGCACAGGAGUAUGGUAUGACCAUCACCUUCUCGACACCUUACUAUGCGCAGGGCAACGGUCAGGCCGAGGCAAGCAACAAGGUUAUUAAGGACCUCAAAGAGGACGACAACAGGAACUACCCCUUAUGCGCUAACUUUCAGUCACGACGACAUCUUGCCUAUGAACUGGCUGUAAAGUCUCUACGGGUGGCGAGGCAAUACGAGAUGACCCCUAGUGAAUAUGCAGAUUCUAUGAUGGCCGAACUUGUUGAUUUGGAUGAGGAGCGUCUGUUGGCCCUCGACAGGGUUCAGGCACAAAAGGUCAAGGUGGCUAAGGCUUAUAACAAGAAGGUCAGGCCUAAGGCAUUUGUUGAGUCAGACCUAGUAUUGAAAGCUGUACUACCAAUCGGACGCAUGCACUCUAAACCAAGUGUGGAAAAAUUCUCACUUUUGCGGAUUCAGGAUAUCGAUGGACUUAUCGAGGGACUGACUAUCAGCAUAAAGUGGGGGAGUCAGGGUGUCAAGAUAACACUAGAUCAGGGUGAAAGUGCUCAAAAAAUAAGCUUAGAGGAGAGAAAAUUUGGAUCAUAA